GCUCACAAAAACAUGAAAAAAUUCCACACCCCCAGCAACUCCAGCACCAUGGCCGGCUUCAUCCUCCUGGGCUUCCCCUGCCCCAGGGAGGGUCAGAUCCUCCUCUUUGUGCUCUUCUCUGCUGUCUACCUCCUCACCCUCAUGGGCAAUGCUUCCAUCAUCUGUGCUGUGCACUGGGAUCAGAGACUGCACACACCCAUGUACAUCCUGCUGGCCAACUUCUCCUUCCUGGAGAUCUGGUAUGUCACCUCCACUGUCCCCAACAUGUUGGCCAACUUCCUUUCUGACACCAAGGUCAUCUCCUUCUCUGGAUGCUUUCUCCAGUUCUAUCUCUUCUUUUCCUUGGGCUCCACAGAAUGUUUUUUCUUGGCUAUUAUGGCAUUAGAUCGGUAUCUUGCUAUCUGCAGGCCUUUACGCUACCCAUCCAUUAUGACCAAACACUGCUGUACUAAUCUUGUGUUAGGCUGCUGGACAUUUGGUUUCCUGUGGUUCUUGAUUCCCAUCAUCAUCAUCUCUAGAAUGUCAUUUUGUGGAUCCAGAAUAAUUGACCAUUUCCUAUGUGACCCAGGUCCUCUGUUAGCCCUCACUUGCAAAAAAGAUCCUGUGAUAGAGCUUAUCUUUUCUGCCUUAAGUCCUCUGCCCCUUGUGAUUCCCUUUGUCUUCAUCAUAGGUUCUUAUGCUCUGGUCCUCAAAGCUGUACUGAAAGUUCCUUCAGCAGCUGGGAAAAGAAAGGCUUUUAGCACCUGUGGAUCUCACCUGGCUGUGGUUUCACUAUUUUAUGGCUCAGUGCUAGUCAUGUAUGGGAGCCCAACAUCUGAGCAUGAAGCUGGGAUGCAGAAGGUUGUGACUCUCUUUUAUUCUGUUUUGACCCCUCUCCUUAACCCUGUGAUAUAUACUCUUAGGAACAAAGAUAUGAAAAAAGCCCUGCAGAAAUUUUGCAGAAUAUAA